UGCCCUUUAAGAGAACAGGUGCAACGGUGACAGGUGGUAGGGGCGGACGACCCGGAAGUUGAUAUUAUUAUCUUCGCAUCCCAAAACUGAGCAUGACAUUUACCACGUACCAAAAUGCCCAUGAAGACAACAUGCGUGGGGCGUCCUGACUGGAGACAUGGGACAACUUGUGGCCUUCUUUGUCGGGCUGUCACUGGCAGUCCUGGUGCUGGCACAGGACCCGAUCCAGAUCCAAUUCCAGACUGACCCUGUGCUGGUGCUGAGCGGCACCGAGAUCCUGUUCACGGUGUUGACCAUGCCGGACGUGCUGUCCAUGACGUGGCUGUACGAGGAGGUGACGCUGGGCCUGUUUGCUGGCGGCUCCCCUGUCCUCAAUGAAGUGGCGCAGUUUCGCGGCCGCCUCACCAUCACGGCCACGCAGCUCCGCAUCGGAAGCGCCCAGCUGGGGGAUGCCGGAACGUACACGGUGGAGGUAAUCCCGCUUGCCUCCUCGGGCCUGACGCCAAACUCCAGAUCGGUAUCACUCAGGGUUUUUGACGCUGUGUCGGAGGUGACCCUCUCGGUGCCCUCAGUGGCAACAGAAGGGGGCAAUGUCACUCUAACGUGCACCGCAAGUGGAACAGAGCUCACCUUCCAGUGGGGGAAGGACGGCGAGGCCAUCACCGAAGACGGCAGGAUCACCAUCGCCGGCGGCUCGCUGGUCAUCAACCCGGGCCAGCGAGGCGACGCCGGAGAUUACACGUGCACCGUCAGCAACCCCGUCAGCGCCCGCACCGCCACGCGGAGUCUCACCGUCUUCUACGGACCUGACACCCCGGUCCUGACCAAGGACGCUCCCAAAGACUGCGUGGGCAGCGCCGAUGUUCAGGCGGGCCAGACCUUGCGCCUCACCUGCCUGUCAGACUCGCUGCCCCCCGCCCUCUUCAUGUGGCAACGCGACGGCCAGCCGGUGGUGCCGGCGCAGCCCGACAGCGGCGCGCUCACCGUGCAGACGUCGUCCACGGACGACAGCGGCCGCUAUUCGUGCACCGCCCGCAACGCUGUCACGGGCGGCGAGUCGGUGCGGGGGACGGACGUGUCCGUGGAAAACACUUGCCUGGACGUCGGUGAAGUGGUGGGCAUCGUGAUUGGCAGCUUUCUGCUGCUGCUCAUUUUGGUGCUGCUCAUUGUGCUGCUGGUGUGUCUCGUACUGAGGAGACGGGCGCGACAAAGGCAAGGUGAAGUUAUCACGGUCCAGAAGAACCGCACAAAUCCUCAACCUCAACCUCCUGACCCACGCGCUAACCUCGCAAGGGAUCUGACCCGAAAUCCCGACCCCCCUGUCUUUCAAUGGAACCCACGAGGCCGCCGCCCCGCCUGGUUGUACGCCCGCCAGGAGCCGAGGUCCGCCGACCUGCAGGCUCUGCAGCUGAACACCUUGCAGCGGAACGGUCUCGCGCCUGAACCCCUUGGCGAAGUUCCUCGCAACGCAUCCUCCUACCCGCUUGACGGCUUCGACAACCCGGCUUUCUCGCGGGCGGACCCGCAGCGGACCGAUUCCAACGUUGUGCUCCAGACGGGUCCCGGUCAAAGUGACGGACGGCGCGGGGGGGUCCAGCUGAACCUGACGCAAGGUUCCCAGCCGAACGCGCCGAUGCCCACCAUUAACGUCAACCUGAACACCUUCCCCCGGCAGGAAGCCACAAAUAGACAGACUCAAUUAACAGACACGGGGCAGUCAAAUCCCAGAAUGCCAAGCGGGUCAGCCUCUCAGGGUCUUCAGGCUCAGCCGGGGCUCAUCCCGACCGGAUACACACACUCUCACACUGCUCAGCGCAACGCCAGGACUCAGACUUACCAACAGGAAGUCAGCGCCACCGCUUCCUCCCACCAGCAGAUGUCGUGGGAUCUCCUGAGAGGAACGCCGGCGUACCCCAGAGGGACCCUCCCCAGGGGGCUGGCUUCGGACACGACAGACUACACCGACCAGCCGCCUUUGCUACAAACGCAGCCGCGAAGUCGAAAUCCUUUUCGGGAAGACGCAACCUCCACUGUUCAGCAAGGCCGGACGAGGAACCACUCAGCUGAUUUUUGGGACUCACGUACUCUGAGAGUGCCGCAACUUGAGCCUGCCAGCCACUCGCACAGAAGCCCUCCGACGCAAAAGGAGCAAGCCAGGCAAGACUCAAGGCUUCCGUCUGCGACCCAAUCUUCCUCCAGUCAGGACACCACGACAAGCAGCAACCCUUUUGUCAGCCAGCAAGCUACUUUCAGACAGAGUAACCCAUUUAGUUCGGCCCAGGCUGACCCGAACCGCCUCCUCCAAGCACAAGCGGUCCAGCAACAGAGGGCAGCACUGGCCCAAGCAGCUCAAACCCGCAGCGCCAGCCAACCUCGCCAAGCUAACCAGCGAGAAGCUGGUGCCCUCACACAAGCGGCACUUAAAUCCCACACACAGAGCGCAAAAGUCUUCCAGAACCGGAGACACCAAACCCAAGCAGCACUGUUUCACCCCGUGCCCCGAGCUCAACCGACUCUGGCACCCGCGGGUCCGCGAGCGCCCACGCCUCCGCCUGUUAUCCCACUCGCUCAGUUCCAGAGCCUUCCCAGGGCUCACACGCGUCAUAAAUCCAAGCAGCACCGCUCCGGACAUGGCGGGCAGCAUCAGCACGCACGUGGCCGUGCUCACACCCGAGGCCACGCUGGCCACGGCCGGAUUGUCCACGGCCAGACCGUCCACGGUCAUGCCGCCCACCAACAGCAGCAUCAGGCUCACCGAAGUAGGCCGAGGUGAUGACAGAUGUCAGCGAGACGAGUCGCACUCCUCCGCUUCGCCUCGUCUCGCCGCUCAAACUAACAGCUGACAAAUGGGAGCUGGCAAAAACGCCCAAACAACAACAACAAAGGUUACUUGGUCCUAAAGCUGUUUGAAAAAAACAAACCAAAAACAAGCCUCCAUUAAGCAAUGCAUCACAUUUUUCUUUCAUUCUUGAAUCAUCUUUUAAACACGAUAAACGUACUGCAGUGCAGUUCGAGUCUCACUAUUGAAAUUAGAACGUACGGAGCCAUUCUUAAACCUUUGGGAUGAUUUUAUAUUCCUCUUUUCCAUAAAUGCCUUUUUCCUGGAUUCUGAUUGGCUGAAACAGCUGGUUAGAGGGUAUAUGAUUUUUAAAAUCUAAAAAAGCCUCGUUGUGGUUACUGCCCUAACAAUUAAGAUUUUUAAGUUGUUUUUUUUUAAUAGCAUUUUAGGUGAGAUUCCGGAAUUUACCAUUGUAGUUUUUUACUUUCUUUUAAUUUUUACAUCAGGGGAUUUUUAUUUUCCUCUUAAUGGGAAACAACUUGAUAAUUAGCUCCACUAUUGCCCGUUGAUAAUUUGCACUUACAACCUGCCAAUGUGUUUAAACAUUUUUUUUUGUUUCAUAGGUGUUGAUAAGGCCUAAUUGGUCAAAGACUCUACCUGGCUUCAAAAAAGCAAUUUACAGGAUAUCAAAUCAGUGAUAAGGGUCUGUCUGAAUGCUCAAUGCAGUGUUUAUUUUGCACCUUCUGUUUACGGAUGCUCAUCGCGACACUUCUCAAUUAAGAGGAUCGGCCUCGAUGGAGUCGGGGAAGCGACGCUCGGCUAACCAUGAAGGGGAUCCCGCGAUUGGACGGCCGCUUAUUAAUUAAAGGCUUUUAUGCGACUUAAAUGAGUUUGGGAAGUAAUCGCAGCCAUGCAUGAGUGAGGUCAGCACAAAGAGACGAGAGCAGCCCGGCCUGGCCUUGCCCGGGCUCGUCUUUUCGCUUUCCGCUGAAAAAGCUAAUCUACUGUCUCGUGCCAGGAUCGUCAUCGCGAAGGAAUGUCAUUAUUACUUGAGCUAUUUAUUGAUUGUUGAAUUCCUUUCCUCAGGGACGUGCUUCGGAAUGUUUCAUUUAGCUUGCGGCUGUCGAGAUUAUAUUUCAUCGUGUUUUUGUACUGCCAAGAACAAAGUCGAAUGUGCCAAUGUGGUGACCAUGAACGCAAACGCUGCAUAUCGUUUAUGAUUAUGAGCAAACAAUAAAACUCUGUUUACACUGCA